AUGGCAGCCUCAGAAGACUCUUUUUCGAAGAGGGCCAACCUCUGCAGUUCACUGACCAAUCUUUCAACCCUUUCAAUAUCCAUCCGCGACGAUGAGUUCCCUUUCAAAAAGGCACAGUCACCAUCACCUGAGGCAAAGUCGCUAAAGGGGAAGGAGAAGUCGCCCACGCCUGGUCCCGCGUCUCCGGUGGCCCACGAGUCUUUAGAGCCUCCUGACCUUCCACUUUUGUCCGGUGCCCAUUGGGGCCAGCAGGAGGUGGAUGAGGAUAAUGAUUCGACCCUGGGAAGUGAUACCGAAAGUUCGACCGUCUCGAUCUCUUCUAGUAUUUUGUACUACCGUAAUAUCCUGGGACGAACCUACCACAGCGAUUCUGUGACUGACGGAGAGUAUUGGGGCCCUAAUGAUGCCAAGGCAAAUGAGGUAUUGGAUAUCAUGCACGAGGCUAUGGUUCAAUUGUUCGAUGGGAAACUGUAUACGUCCCCGCUCAAUGAGAAGGAGAUUGAGAACGCUAUUGAUAUUGGUACCGGCACUGGAGUCUGGGCCAUUGACUUCGCGGACGAUCAUCCCAAUUGCAACGUAAUUGGCACCGACAUUUCCCCUAUUCAACCUAGCUGGGUACCCCCAAACGCCCGCUUCGUGAUCGAUGACGCAUCUACGGAGUGGACCUAUAAGGAGGACUACUUCGACUUCAUUCACAUUCGCUGGCUUACCGGUAGUAUUAAGGAUUGGGAUGCCCUAUAUAAGGAGGCGUUUAGGUGUGCGAAGCCCGGUGCUUGGAUUGAACAACUUGACUGCGAUGCUGAACUAUAUUGCUUUGAUGGUACGAUGCCUGAAAAGUCCGCCAUGGCCGAGUGGGGUCGAAUUUGGAAAGAGGUUGGGCGGAAGACCGGGCUCGAGGUUAACGUGGUUUCUUCAAAUACGAUAGAAAAGGGAAUGAAGAACGCUGGGUUCACCAACAUUACGUCCGAGGAUUAUUAUGUUCCCGUUACGCCCUGGUCUGAUGAUGACGAGAAGAUGAAGCAGCUGGGUCUCUACCAGUCCGUGGCGCUGACACAUGACAUUGAGGGCUUCCUUGUCUAUUUCAUGACCAACUGCCUGGAGUGGACCCCGAAGGAAAUCGCGAACUACGCCGCUGCUGUUCGCCGAGAGUUCAGGGAACGCAAGAUCCAUGGUGUCGUUAAGUGGCGCAUGGUGAGGGCGCAAAAGCCGCUGGAUGCUUAA